CCAUUGUUAGGACCUCAUGAGAAAGCUAGCCAGGCCCUUGGCCUGAUUCAGACUGGCUCUUACUCAUUGUUUGUUUCUGCAUGCUGUUGCUUCUGUUCUGAGUUCGCCUUCAUUCAGUAGGCCUCUGCCAAGGGGAAGUCUUUGUCUUUCCGUUGAAGAAUUUGGGAACUGGCUGCUACUACAUCUCUACAAACAUCCAAGCCUGGAGGAGCUCAAGACGGUGUUCGUGGCCCUCCUGAUUUUUCUCUUCACAACAACCCUGUGAGGUCCCAGAGAAAAACUUAUGCCCAGCUGCUGUGACAUAGCAAUGACCUCCAUUUCACCACUGCCUGAUGGAGAUGAUGGGGCAGAACAUUGCAUUCUAACAUUUGCGGACCUGGAGCUGAAAGACCAUGUUCCGUUACCAGCCAGAAGCCACCUCAAAGCUGAAUUAGAUGCUCAUGCCAGAAAGAAGUAUGCAUAUGCAAAGAAGAAGGCAUUUGCGCUCUUUGUUAAAGCCAAGGAAGUUGCAGCUGACACAUGCUGUCCAAUGUCUGCUUUCCAAGGAGGCAUUUCCUGGAAAUGCUGCCAACAGACCUUCAGAGACCUGACUAGCAUUCACCGGCACGUAGCUAUCCAGCAUUCAGGAGAUAUGGGGCAGCAGACAUGUAUGAUCUUAAAGCAGAUGGCAGGACAUGACAACAUUACAACUUGUCCUGUUUCUGGCGAUGAAAUGCUGAGACCCAGCAAGCCCCUGCAGCACGAUCAGGAGAUGUUUCACAAACUCCCAGACACAAGCCACGUUGAUGCUGGUGAAAUGACCAGUGAGGCUGGGAAAGUUCUGCUUUAUUAUUGUUACUGUGAGGUGGCAGAUCCUGAGGGACUCUGUGCAUGGCAGAAGGCCUUAUGUCGACACCUGCAUCUCACCGGCAAGAUUCGAAUAGCUUCUGAAGGAAUUAAUGGAACUGUUGGUGGGAGCAAGAUAGCAACUAGCCUUUAUAUGGAUGCAAUGCUGUCUCACCCCCUCUUUAAAGGGACUUUGAUGAGGGAUGAUUUUAAGACAAGUAAAGGAGGAGCUCAUUGUUUCCCAGACCUUCGAAUUGGCGUCUUUGAAGAAAUAGUACCCAUGGGAAUUAACCCAAAUGAAGUCUCUUACAAAGAAAGUGGAAUUCAUUUGACUCCUAAGGAGUUUCAUAUAGAAGUUGAGAAAUAUCUCUCCCAGGGUAGCAAAGGACAAGCAGAGACCCUUCUGUUGGACUGCAGGAACUUCUAUGAAAGUAAAAUAGGACAUUUCCAAGGCUGUUUGGCUCCAGACAUCAGGAAAUUCAGCUACUUCCCCACCUAUGUAGAUGAGAACUUGCACCUUUUCAGAGGCAAACGAGUGCUGAUGUACUGCACAGGUGGAAUCCGUUGCGAGCGGGCCUCAGCCUACCUCAUGUCCAAGGGGGUGUGCAAAGGAGUGUACCAUCUGAAGGGUGGCAUCCACAAAUACCUGGAAGAAUUUCCAGAUGGGUUCUACCGAGGGAAGCUCUUUGUCUUUGAUGAACGUUAUACCAUCUCCUCCAAUGGUGAUGUGAUUUCAGCUUGCCGUUACUGUGGGACACUCUGGGACCAGUACCGACUGUGCUCCACUGAGCCUUGCCGCCAGCUCGUCUUGACAUGCUCAAAGUGCCAGCUGAAAGGAUUCACAGCCUGCUGCCCCCUGUGCCAGGAGAAAGGCCUUGCCUUGGCUACAACUCCUUCCAGGCAAGCCUUCAAGGAAGAGUGUGAGUGCACAAGCACACGGCGGCAAGUACCAGUGGAACGUGUUUAACGGAGAGCCAGGGAGCAAGAGUCUCCGUUUGUGGACAUUUGCUUGCGGGACGGAGGGCAGUUGCUAGAUACACUGCAGUGGCAUUUGGGGCAACUAGUUCCAGUAGACAGCUUAGCAGACCUCCAGUUCAGGCUGUAGUCAGGGCUUCACUGCAAUGCUGACUUCCUCUUAAAAGUCAAUGACUGCUGUGUGCAAAGCAUAUAGGACUUCCAUGGUGCUACAGAAGAGUUCCUUGAGUGAGAUGAUCACUUCUCCACUUACACUGUGACCCAGAGUCCAAAGAGCAAGUAUCACUACUCUACACAUCAAAGCGGGGGCAAAAGUGCAGUGCAACAAAGCAAUGCGUUACCAUAAAUGAGUUUCCAGAAUGGAAAAAGUGCAAGAAGUGCAGGUAGACAUAUAUGCAAACUGAGAAACCACAGGCCACUAUAAAGGCAGACUGAAUCUGUACAGUGUGCUUUCUGUAGUCAAGGGUACCAUGUUAAGUGCUCAAUGACCAUAGUUUUAUAAGGCAGCCAGGAAACAAGCUUAAAAUACCUUAAAUGAACAUUUUCCAGAUUUUAAAAUGUUUUCAAAAGCAGAAAUCUGGAAUAUACUCUGUAUGCCUAGUCAACAGCUACAUUUCCUGGAGAGCCAUUUUAAGAAAGGUAUCAAAUGGUUGAAAGUACCCUUGCAUCUGGUAGGAGCUUUUAAUAGCAGAGAUGGCACUGCAUUUCCUUCCCAUCUUUUGCUCUGGGUUAUCAGGCAAGGGAGAGGUAGCAUCCUCAGGGGCCCCUUGUUACUCAUCUUAACUGCAAAUAUAUGCAUACAAAUAGCAAUACUCUUGAGCAGUGAAAGGGAUUUUGUGAUCUAUGGCAGGUAAGCUAAGUCACAGUUUCUUGUCUUGCAAAAAAACAGUUAUAAGGGUGAGGAUCUGUGCCUUAAAAUCAAUGAUAAUUUCUUCCUCAGAGAGCAGAAGGGCUUUGCAAGAAGACCCCAUUGUUUGUGGUAUAUAGUUUGGUUUGGCAGUUUUUUUAUUCCGCUUCAAAACUCUGCUACUGUUGUUUGAGCAGAGGUGAAAGUGAAAUAGAAGACACAAUGGGGAUGCAAAUCCUCUCUCAAGCCCCUUUCUCUUUUUUUUCCAGACUGGACAAUGUGUGUUUUCUUGUUGAGAUGAAAAUAGUUUCAACUAUUUAUUAGCUAGCUCCCCUCUGCCCCUUCUGCUUUUUAUUUUGUUUCCAACUGGCUGAUAAUGUGUAGAACUCGGUUUUUCCAGAGUUCAUGAUGUGAGAAGUUAACAAAUCUCCUUCGCUCAUCAAGAGCAAGUACAUUUCUAUAUGCUGGGAGGACUCACCACCCUGCUGCAGGCUCAGGACAACAUGAGGUCACUCGCUACAGCAGGGCUGACCCUUCUCACCCACCCUCCUGCAAUACACAUGCACACAGCUAAAAAUAAGAGUUUGUCCUCAGAGAUGCUGGCCCUUAAAAUGCAUCCCAUGUUUGGCAUUGCAUCACACACUAGGUUCACCCUUGCCCUUUGGAGAAGGGCAAAAGCCUAAAGUGGCUUCUGUUGCCAACCAAAAAUGUGUAGAUCCUUGGGGGUGUGGCAUCAGUGCAUUCAGACUGUUACCACUGCACAUCUUUGAGCUACAAAAUACCCAUGCAGCCACUGUUAAGUCACCUCUCUCAAUUUUUGUUUAAUGACUAAAUAAUGGGUAAGCAUGGCAAUUAAAUCUGACAGGCUAUGCUCAUGAUGUAUUUUUUCCUCUACAGUCCUGUACACUGUGUGCGUGUAUAUGUGUGUUGAAAUUCAGAAGGUAAUAAUUCAAAGGCAUGCCACCUCUUGCAAAGCAACACAGCUGUCCCUUGCUAACUGCAGUUGCAUAUGAGACUAAAGGCUGUACUUUCCCAUUUCCAGUGGCAGACACAGAUUGCUAAAUAGGAUCCCCAGUGGCUGCUGCUAGGGCUUCACAAUCCUGCUUCAUUCUUUGCCCCUUUGCUACACCUCUGUCUUAAGGCAGAAACAGAAUGAUCUAAGAUAGUAAGAACUACGCAAUAAAUGACACAAAAGAAAUAAGGCUUAUUGUUGCCUGAUUUAUAUAUGUUGCAGAGUCCAACUGUCCUUGGUCCAAAAUUUUUAUUUGUGGUGGAACAAAGUUUGCACAACCCUGGAUUAGAUGAGAGGCUGUUCAGAAAUUUAACAAAAUUUCCCUGUUUUUUGAUGGCCAGUGAAUUUAGCCACAAUAUACCUCUGAGAACUCUUCAAAAUGUAGGCAAAAUAGGGGGAAAUAAUGCAGAUAUAUAAUCUACGCACAUCAGUUUAUAUGUAUAGAUAUAAAACUGACUGGUGACUCUGCAAUUGCAUGCAAAACUUUAGAUUUCUAAAUGUAAAAAUGGGAAGAAUGUUUUAUCAGCAGCUACUUCAGCGGCACAUUAGCUAGAGUGACAUGACUGAAUGCAGAGGUCAGAAAACCACACGCUUCAGUCAAGUUCUUAAAAGUGGUACUUUAUUAAGGCAUCGUUUACAAACAACACAGUAGUAGGAGGCAGGGGUCAACCCACCAGGCAUCAGUGCAGUCUCUAUUCACUGAAACAAAUUGCACAGGUUUUAUACCAUGUAUAGAUCUGUUGCCUAGCAAUAAGCACUUAAUGGCUGAAAUCCUGUUGCUUAGCACUAGAAGUGGUCCACUGAAUCAUUGGGCAUUUGGAGAGUCAAUGCCUCUGUAAUUUCCAUGGAUUCAAGUAGGCCUACUCUUGUUGCAACUUAUGUAAGUCAUAACUAAGGUAGGCCUGCUGAAUCAGUAGAGUUUAUGGAGAAGUUGACUCACCAAAUCCCUACUGAUUCAAUGGGUUUUCUCUAGUGUGACUUACCACAUGAAGCAAUAAGAUUUCAGCCAGUGGACUGCAUCUACUGGCUAUAAGCCAAGCUCUACGGGUCUAAUAGUGCCAUUAAUGUGUAUGCAGAUUUCUUAACCUUGCCACAUAAUCCAUAUUCCACAUUUAUUGGCACUCUGUCCCCCACUAUUUAUGGGAAGGGCAGGCUAUGGACGCUCUCAAUGUGGGGAAAGGGAUUUUUGCCUUCAGGCAGAUGCUUCCUUCGAGCAUGACUGUCAGGAUAGCAAAGAAUUCAUAUUGGCACCUAGGAAGAAUGGAGCCUAUAGUUUGCAAUGCUGCCUCCAAAUUUCCCAGCCAAGAUCAUGCCUCUGCACAACCCCCUGCAAUGUGCAGAGGUCUUUGCAGAAAAGUAUAUGGGGGAAGGGUUGUGCACCUUGAGAGCAUCUAGUCUCCAAACCAUUAGUGGUGGUGGUGGGGUCCAGUGGUUGCUCCCAGCCAGACAUUAAUGCUGUGCCCCAUUCACUUGGUGCAGGUAAAAAAAUCAUGUGUAGCAUUCUGUAGUUGAUCAAGGGGACUGUCCCAAGCAGCUUGCCCAUUCAGAAAUCUGAAACAGUGGUGAGGACAAGUCUUGAAACUUGGCUAAGUGUAACAAAGAAAUAAAGCAGCCAGUCAUCCAGAAGAAUGGCUAGAAACUGCUGCAUACUAUCAGAAGGCUUAAGAGAACAGCAUGUGCAAAUUCACUUUUUAUGGGUCUUAAACUCUGAGGGGGGGAGGGCGGUGGAACUGUUAACAUCCCAUUCAGCAGCUGUUUUUGUUUUCCUUCUUGUAACUAUUGCUUAGGAAACAAGUGGCCUUAAAAAUUCUUUCUGCUGGGUGAGUGUGCAGAUGCUUUAAAAAUAACAGAUACUCUGCUCUUACAACUAGUUUACAAGGUGGGGCUGUGGAUGUUGCUAGCUGAUUGAAAUUCACAAGUCCUUAAAUUAAUGAUGUACAUUAGGACAAUGGAAGUGCUGUCAGACUAGGAGUUUCUAAUUCUUGUGAUCAAGACAAACAAUAAAUUAUUUUUUUAACAUU